GUCAUUGACUCGUAACAGUGCCACCACCACAACAGUCAAUAAUAUUGUUAGCAGUAGUUCACAAUAUGGUAAUGAAAUAAUGGCAGAUCGUUUUUAUUCGGUAACCAAAAAUUAUGUCAAAUAAUCUUAUGUUAUUAAUAUUAUAAUUAAUUAUAAAUGUCAACAUUUAAACAGUUAUAACUAUGUACGUAUUUGUAUAUACCUACUAUGAUUAAUCUUGAUGGUUUGUUUUAUUAUUUGUAUUUUUAUAGGAAUUCAGUUAAGAAUAAAUGACAUGGUCGAUUUUUUUUUCUCCGGGACAAUACAGUAUUAGUUAAUAAAAAGUGGUGGAGGGACGGAUUAUACAGCUACAGCGCACUCUCGCGGAAUCAACGUGCCUCUUAGAGAGCUCAUUUCCGAAAACAACGUAAUGGUAAAAGUUGACUAUUGAACGUCAAUUUACGUGCACGCAUUUUACAGUUUCCAUCGUCUAGUCAUAAAUUCCCUAAACGACCAUCAAAAUGGCCGUCGUCGUCCACGUAUGAGUACUAACUUGCUACGAAGAUUUGUACCUGUCGCAUUACGAUUGUGUACAUCACAAAAUCAGUUUCGUUUGUCCUCGCACAUAUUUCAAAUGCAUAUUGAUUACAUUAAUUAAUAUAAGCGGGGCAAAACUUUGAACAUUUUUUAGGCAUGACUAUCAUAGUAUUUCUCAUUGAUACCUCGGCGUCCAUGUGCCAAAGGACAUACAUGGGAGGAAGGCCGACCCUACUGGACAUUGCCAAAGGGGCUGUUGAAUCUUUUGUUAAGGUUUGCACACCCACCUUAUUUUUUAACUAGUUCAUCUAUCACCUUAUUUACACUAAGUAUUUCAUUGGUUUUUCCCCAUACCUAGGUAAGACAGCGAUCUUCAGAGAGCCGGGGUGAUAGAUAUAUGCUUUUGACUUUUGAAGAACCACCAGCCAAUAUUAAGGUAGGUAGAUUUGAAAUUAAUAAACCUAUACCUAUAUAAUAUAUAAAAACAAAUAGGCAAUCAACAUUUUUAUGGAACUAUAACUACUAUAUUUUCAAUUAAGUAAUAAUUAAAUUAAAUGUAGGUACUUCUACUAUACACGUAUAUUAAAAUAGUUAUGCUCUGAAUUGUAUUAAGUGAGUUCUUAAAUUACAUCCUAUAUUAUUGUUUAUUAAUAAUACCUGCUUAUUUUAGUUAAUAUUGUAAAUUAUUUUUAUUCCUUUAAACAUAGUUAGGUACUUGGUUAGUUUUAUACCUAUAAAUAUUAACUAAAUUUUAAUUGUUUUUUUAUUUUUAUUAUCUAGGCUGGUUGGAAAGAAAACAUUGGUGCAUUCAUGAACCAAUUGAAAAAUUUACGCUGUGCCGAAAUGACUACUUUGGGCUUAGCACUAAAAAAUGUAUUUGAUAUACUAAACAUUAAUCGUAUGCAAAGUGGUAUAGACACUUAUGGUCAGGGUCGUUCACCAUUUUUUUUGGAACCAUGUAUCAUUGUUGUAAUAACAGAUGGUGGACGGUUAUCAAACGCAUCAAAUGUUGUAGAUGAAUUUAAUCUACCCAUGACCAAUCCCAUACCUGGAUGGGAGAUGACUAGAGAACCAUUUCGUUGGGAUCAAAGAUUAUUUUCCUUAGUGUUACGUAUGUCUGGUACACCAACUGUAGAUCGUGAUACUGGACUAGUUGCCAAUGAUACAUCUCCCAUUGAUGCUAUGUGUGAAGUAACUGGAGGUAUUAAUUAUUUUUAAGUAAAUAAUUGAUUUUAUUAAUUUUACAGAACUAAUUUAUAUGUAAAAUGAUAAUGUAUACAUUAUUUUGUUAUAAUAGGUAGAUCAUAUUGUAUAACUUCACAGCGAGUAUUAAUGCAAUGCAUCGAUAGUUUAGUUCAAAAGAUUCAAAGUGGUGUAGUAAUAAAUUUUGAAAAAAUUGGUCCGGAACCUCUACCAAUAAUUGAUAAAGAAAAUGGCAUUGAUGUAGAUAUGGGUUAUGAAGAAUUUGGAAAAAUAAGUUUUGGAAAUCCAGAUCAUAUGAAUCAUCAAAAUGGAGUAAGAAUAGCUCAUUGUUAAUUUUUUCUAUUAUUAAUAUAAACUAUUUUAUAGAAUAAAUUAAAUGGCAUUCCAAAUAUCAAUCAGCCUCCUUCCAAUGCUUGGCAUAAUUGUCGUAAAUUAAUUCAUGUCCCGAAAUCUGCUCAAAAAGGAUUCCCUAUGGGCUUUUGGCCUAUACCUGAAUCAUAUUGGCCUGAAAAUACUAUGAAUUCUUUGGUAUGACAGAUUAAUUAUAUUUAUUUGUAUAUAUUAUUUAUAUUUAUAUUCCUAAUUAGCCACCAAGAUGUGCUCACCCAACAGUUAAAUUUUCAUGUAUCAACCAAGAACCUAUGGUGAUUGAAAGUUUACCUUUUGACAAAUAUGAAUUGGAACCAUGUCCACUUACACAAUUCAUUUUAUCAAGGAAACAACCAACUCUUUGUUGGCAGGUAAUUAAUAUUUAUUAUCAAUUUUAUAAUUUAAAAUUAAUUACUUUUUAUUUCAAUAUUGUAGGUUUUUGUUGGUAAUAGUUAUAAAAUGCAAGAAGUAAUGCAUCCAUUUGGGUACUUAAAAGCUAGUACAACACUAUCAUGUGUUAAUCUAUUUGUAUUGCCUUAUAAUUAUCCACUACUUCUACCUAUACUUGAUGAAUUAAUUAAGGUGCUUAGAUUAAAACAAACUCCUGAAUGGCGAGCUCAAUUUCAAUCUUAUUUACGAAGUACACCAGGAUAUUAUAAUGCAGUAAAUAACAUUAAUUUUAUUCAAUUAUUUACUACUAUUAAAUUAUUUAUUUAUUUUUUCAGCCUUUAAGAAGAGCUUUAACUAGAAUGGGUGUACCCAAUACCGUAGUGACAUCUUUAGUACCAGACACUGCAGACAAUGCUUCAUUGAGUUAUUCUGUAUUAAGUUAUUUAAAACGUCUUAAAACUCAAGCAAAAACAGAAUAUGACAGGUAUUUGUGUGACUAAAACACUUGAAAACUUGUUAUUAAAUAAAUAUUUUAUUUAAUAGGUUAUGCACUGAAGUGACUAACAAACAAACUACUAAAACAAACUUAAAUUUAGCUGACUAUGUACGUAUAAAUCACAUAUCAUCGCUCAAAAAAGAUAUGUCUACCAAUCCUCAGCUAAUAAGUAACACAAAAUAUUAAAUAAUACUUUUAAAAAACUCUUAAAUAAUAUUUUAUUAUAAUUCAUUUAUAUAUUUCAGAUAAGUUUAUUCAUUUAAGAGAACAACUAAAUGACUUUAACAACUAUGUAGUAGGAACAGCUAAAAGAAAAAAUGUUGAAUGCAACAAAACUGGUGGUUCUGGAUUUCGUAAUCCUUUUGACAUAUCAAGGAGUAAACUUUUAGAAGUAGUCAAAAACAUGCAAAAUAAUUUUUCUCAUGUAUCUCAAACAAGAUGUUUUGAUGAUGGUAACUUAUUUUACGUAAAUUAACAACAUUAUAAUAUAUAUUAUAUUAAUACAUACAGGGUGAUUCUUUUAUGAUGAACCAGCAAUUUUUUUGGGGGGGUUUUUAAGUGAUUUCUACUUUUUUUAUUAUUAUUAUAGAAUCGUUUAAUCUUUAUUUUAACACUAUUUUCAAUUUUCACUUGCACCUGAAAUGAUUGUCUGCUUUGGAUUUUUAAAUAGUGACCCCCCUUCCCUCUCUUUCAAUUACAGGUUCAAAUAGAAAAUAUUUUUCUAGAAAUUUUGAUAUACAUAAUAUCAGAUUUACAGUUUAUAGUUUAGACUGGACGUGUAGGAAAGUGUAAUAAAUUGCAUGUCUAAUUUUAAAUGGAAAUUUGAUAACUUAUCUACUCCCUUGGUCUAAACUAUAAACUGUAAAUCUGAUAUGAGUGUUAUGUAUAUCAACAUUUCUAGAAAUAGAUUCUCUAUUUAAACCUGUAAUUAAAAGAAUGAGGGGGGUCGUUAUUUAAAAAUCUAAAGUGGAUACUUAUUUCAGGUAUAAGGAGUAGAGGUAAAAAAUUAAAAAUAGUUCUAAAAUAAAACUUAAAUAAUUCCAAAUCAAAUCAAAUUCACUUAACAUCCUCUGAAAAAAUAGUUGAUUGUUGAUUAAAAAAUCAUUCUGUAUAUACACAUAUAACCUUUUUACCUUUGUGUAUACUUUUUUGUAGAAUUAAUGCAUUCAAUGCCUGUAAGUCAAAUGGGCAACUAUCAAGAAUAUUUAAAACGUCUCACAUCACCACUUCGGGAAGUUGAAUCAAUGCCUGUACGACAACAUAUGUUUGGAAACCCUUUCAAAAUUGAUAAAGUUUGUAACCUUUCCUUAUACUGUUGGUAUAUAUAUAUUAUUAUUUUUUUUUUUCACAGAGAAUGAUGGUAGAUGAAGCUGAUGUUGACAUGGUUGGAGCAGGAAGUGGAUCUUCAAGCCCAAGAGCUGGAUCAAAAAGAGCAUUAGAUAGUGGUCCUACAAGAAGAAAACCUGGACCUUUGCCACGACAUGUAUGUGCAUCGCCUCGACCAAGAUCACCAUCACCUGCACCUGCCCCAUUGAGUCCUAUUAAUUCAAUAGUGGAAACUCCGCCUAUACUUUUACCGAAUGGAGGCGAAACAGGUUUGACUCUAUCAAAAUUUUUUCUAUACAUUGUGUACUUUAAAAGCGUAACCGGGUGGUAGACAAUGUAGUCUAUUAUGUACAGCUGACUCGUAAUUUGUUCUCUAAGCUUCUGGUUAUUACUGUACAGGGCAUACUAUUGCAAGCAAUGUGGUGGAAGAAAGAAAUUUAACUGUGAGACUGGUCUUGCACUUUAUGUGUAUCAGUAAAAAUCUUUUUUUCAUUUUUAUAAUAUUAUUGUCACUAAUUAUUAAUGCUUAGGUAUUAGUCAUUUUUUAUUAUUUUGUAAAUAGUAUUGUAUAUUAAGAACUAUACUGACAUCUACAUUUGUAAGACGAUAGUCUUACAAAUGUGGGACAUAGUAAAUUUUGUGUUCAAUUGGACAAAUUGUGUGUCAUUAUGUUUAGUAUUAAUUUUAAUAUUGAAGUUCAUUGAUCUAUUACCAAACUUGAAGGUAAGAAGCAUUGAUGUUUUUUUUUGAUAUUUUAAUUUUUAAGCGUAAUAUUCAUUUUAGAUUCUGAACAGGUCGAGGAAUAUAUUGAUUUUACUAUGUUUAUUUUAUUUUUUUAUUUUUUCUAUGAACAACUAUCAGAAAUUUUACUGGGGUAGUUCUUCUGGGUCAUUUUUUGAUUUUCUUAAUGGUUUUUGUAUUAAAUAAGGAAAAAUGAAAAAAAUUAAAUGUAUUACUUUCAAAUCUGUUUUUCUGUAAUCUUCAACAUACAAUUUUGCCUACAUAUGUGAGGUAUCUGGAUAUAUGAGCCUAUAUGGACCACUACGUUUGUGCGGAUUUUAUGGUGCCUGUGACUGUUUUUAAGGCUUUCUUUAGCUCAACAUCUAGUAGCUUGCAGUGAGUACUCCCCUCCCAUACAGGCAAACAGUACUCUGCUAUGAAAUAUAUAAUAGUUAUGAUCGAUAUGUGUUAGACUAUUUGAAGCUCACAAGUGGUUUCAGCUAGUUUGGAUAUCUAAUCUUUGGUUUGGCCUUUACUUUUCUUAGAUGCCGAUUAUAUAUUAGUGUAUGAUCUAUUGUUAUACCCAUGUAAAUUGGAGAAAAAUGAUACCUUAAUAGUUAGGUUAAUAGUCACCCUCAAAAUAUGCUACGUUAACAAUUAAAAAUUCUGUAAUAUCCCGCGGUUAAGUCAAUAAAUGCAACUCCAGUUUUUACACAAUCAUUGUUUCUUUUUUCUAAGUCUGAUUGCAAGGACUGGAUCACAACAGUCUCUAUUAGGUUGGAAACCAGAUUGGAAUAUCAGGAUUAUUUUUUCAAAAAAAGCAAGGCUCUAUACACUUUAAUAUCACUCUUUCCAUCAGUUGAAAUAUAACAGAUCGGGGAGAUAUUAGGCGGUAGUUUCUAGGAUUCUAUUUUCCUAGCUUUAGUAUAGCUGCAAUGUCUGCUUAUUUCCAUAUAUCAAGGAGUGUGCCAGACUUGAACAUUCUAUAAUUUACCUUUACAAACCAGUCUUAGAUUAUAAAGGAAUUCUGGAUAUACCCCAUCUCUGCUUGGGGAUUUGCCCUGCUUGAUGUAUUUGAUUACAUUAUUAAUAUUCAUGUCACUGUUAUAUACACCCUAAGUUACAUCUAAUGAGCUAGUAUUUUGUUGAACUUCUUUUUUAUAACUCUUAUGGUUUUUAUCAACUGUACCAUUAAAAUUUUAGACUAGAAUCAUAGCUACAACUUGGGCUUUGAUUGAGGGUUGUGUGUCCUUGUUUGUGUUUUUUCUCUCUAACCGUCUCUAUGACUCAAAGCUACUUUUUUUCAAAUCAUAAUUAUAAUAACUAUUAAGUAAGAAUAUUUAUCAUGUUUACUUAUUUCUGAUUAUUUUUAUUAUUAGAUGAAGAAACUCCACUUCCAGUAAAUGGUGAAUGUUACCCUAGAACUAUGUGUCCAUCACCUCCUCCGCCAAUUCUUGAACCAUAUGAAAACCACUUUAUUGAUGAAACGGAAGAUGACGAAAUUGUGCCAAAUGAUAUUUGUAACCAUGUUCCAGUGAUAUCAGAAGGAAAUGCUGUUCGUCAACACUUAUUAACAAUUACCACUAAUGUGAAUCAAGACAUUGACGAAUUAUCAAAACAAGAAUUAAAAGACAUUAAACAACAUAAUGCGAAAGUUAGAAAACUUUUAUUCAUUGAAGUUAAACGUCCUGGCCAAAGUAAGUAUACUUCUUAUUUUAAUGGGGCGACAUUCGCCUUCAAAAAAAUUGUGAGUAAAUUAAAAUGUAUAAUGAAAAGGAAAGAAAUUCUAUUUUACUAAUGAAACAUGUUUUUGGUUUUUUUUUUUUUUUUUUUUUUUUUUUAAUCUUUUUUCAGAUUAUACGGCACUAUUCCAUUGUUUGGGUACAUUAAAAGGUCCAGCAUCUAUUCAAUUGACCUAUGUUAAUGACAUUAUUGCUGAAGCACUUAGGUUUAAGAGAAAAAAAUUAGUAAACAAAUUGGAGGAGUUUAGAAAAUCAUAUAUGCAAAUUUCAGCUACAGCCAGAUGAUAAAAAAAAAAAAAAAAAAAAAUGAACCUUAUUCUAUUAUAUUUUGUUUCCUCUUCUUUUAUUAUCUUGGCUUAAAAGUAUAUGAACCUUUGUAAAAUUCUACAGUCUUACAGACAAAUUUAACCAUAAUCUGUGUAAUAAAGUAAAAAUAGGCAUGUUUUGUAUGACGAAAUAGGAUAAAUGUUUUUUGGUUCCUUUUCUUUUAAAACUUCAAUGUCUUCUACUUUUCCAUAUUAUUGUUGUUAUUUUGUAAAAUGAUAAAAAUUUGAGGAAAUAAUAUUUCAUUUCCAUUAUUGAAUGUUUUUAAUUCAAUCAUUUAUAAUUAUUAUGAUUUUGUUUUCUUCUUGCUUCUUACUUCUUCUUGAAAUUGGUAUAAUAUAUAAUUAUACCAAUUUCCUAUUUUGACAUUUAAUAUUCAAUUAAAUGCAUUUUUAUUUCUUUCGAUGAAAUUUACAAUUUACAUGUACCUUUUAGUACAAUUGAAUAUCAAAAAAAUAAUUAAAAUAAAGUUUUUAAUUUAUUUAAUCUAAAGUGGUAAAGUGGUUUUUAGUUAAAACAUCUGCCUUCAGUGAAUAUAGUAUAAUAUUGAUGGUGUUUUGUUAAAAGUACUUAUACCACUAAAAAUCGAAAAAUACGUUAAUGGUAUCAAAAAUAUCGGAAAAAUUAGGAGCAUAAACUAGUAAAAGAGUAUUUAAAUACAGAAAAUUAACUAAGUAAUGUCGACUAAAAGAUAUCCAGUCGUCCUUUUAAAAUAUAAUUAAAUCAACACUGAAUUUUUUUAUUAAAACAUAUACUGUAUUCAAUAUGUGUAUACUUUGUGUUCAAGGUAUUAAAGUGUACAAGUAAUUUUAUUUUAUUGUUUUCCAUGAUAAACAUCAUUAAAAAAUGUUGUGCUCUUUUUCUUUUUUACUUCCUGAAAAGGGGUGAAAUUUGAUAAACAUCCUUUUAACAAAGCACUAUCUAUAAAAUAUGCAGUAAUUUGAAUGAGACUUAUUAGCUUUGUCAUUAACUAUUGCAGCAUACCAACAUUAAAAAUAAUAAUAAGAGUUCAUACUUAAAUACGAUUUAUAAAUUUUAGGGUCAAGUAUUGUUUAAUAAUACAAUAAAUAAUACCCAUUAAUGUUAUAAUUUAUAAUAAUUAAACAAAUCUAAAAAUAAAUAUUGAAAACAUUUUUAAUCAAUUUUUUAUACAUAUAGAAUGGGUGCU